GCGCCUGCGCUUUCGCGUUUCUCGCGCUUCCAACUCCGGUUUGACCUACAGCCGCCCGGGAGAAGAUGGCUGCCCCAGCAGUGUCCGGGCUCUCCCGGCAGGUGCGAAACUUCAGUACCUCUGUGGUCAGGCCGUUCUCCAAGCUUGUGAGGCCACCUGUUCAGGUGUAUGGUGUCGAAGGUCGCUAUGCCACGGCCCUUUAUUCUGCUGCAUCUAAACAGAAUAAGCUGGAGCAGGUAGAAAAGGAGUUACUGAGAGUGGCUCAACUUCUGAAGGAGCCCAAGAUGGCCGCGUCUAUUCUGAACCCCCACGUGAAGCGAUCCAUUAAAGUGAAGAAUCUGAAUGACAUGACAGCGAAAGAGAGGUUUUCUCCCCUCACGGCCAACCUGAUCAACUUGCUUGCUGAAAACGGCCGUUUGAACAACACCCCCGCCAUCAUCUCUGCCUUUUCUACCAUGAUGAGUGUCCACCGCGGAGAGGUCCCCUGCACAGUCACCACGGCGUCUCCUUUAGAUGAAGCCACGCUUACUGAGCUAAAGACCGUCCUGAAGAGCUUCCUGAGUAAAAACCAAGUGUUGAAGUUGGAGGUGAAGACGGACCCAUCCAUCAUGGGCGGAAUGAUUGUCCGCAUUGGAGAGAAGUAUGUCGACAUGUCGGCCAAAACCAAGAUCCAGAAGCUGAGCAAGGUGAUGCGGGAGACCGUGUGAGGCCGCUCUGCCCUGGGAUUCCGAACUCAGGGCGACAAUAAAAUGCUUCCCGAACGGCAGUGCUUGCUGACUUGAAGAAACCCGGGAAGCCUGAUUUUUACAUCUUCCUGGAAGAUGACUUAAAGGUCAAAAAGCAAA